GUGAUGCUGUUUGUAGUUUUUUGUCCGCACAGCGCUUCCUGCCGGUGUUUGGGCAGAUUUAAUAUCCUGACAUGGACCAGACUCUUCACAGGGGAGGAUAAUGACAUUUAAUCGACGGGCUACGCCGUGAAAGAGGAGUUUGUUGUGAGAAACACGACAGGCGCGAGUGUUUCGGGAUCUCUUCCUGGUUUCUGUGGGUGAGGUCUGCUCGAAGAUCACAUCGGAACAAAUCUUUACAACACGGAAAAAACAUGUGAAUUAUCAGUCUGAAGAGUCCUGAAAUUGGAAAAAAAAAAAAUGGCGUCCUCCAAAGCAAAGGUGGGAGUGAACAAUGAGAGCCUGAAGGAGAGCAGUCCGGCUGAAGAAGCUGCACAAAAUAGCAGGACGUACAGCCUGGAUGACUUGGAGACCAUCGCCACAGUGGGAACGGGGACGUUUGGCCGAGUGUUCCUGGUGAAGGACAAGAAGAGCCGGGCGUUCUUCGCCCUGAAGCAGAUGAAGAUCCCCGACGUGAUCCGCCUCAAGCAGGAGCAGCACGUCCACAACGAGAAGGAGGUGCUGACCGAGGUCAACCACCCCUUCCUCAUCCGCCUGUUCUGGACCCACCAUGACGAGCGCUUCCUCUACAUGCUGAUGGACUACGUCCCCGGCGGCGAGCUCUUCAGCUACCUGCGCAGCCGCGGCCGCUUCAGCAACGCCACCGGCCUCUUCUACACCUCGGAGAUCGUGUGCGCCAUCGAGUACCUCCACUUCAAGGAGAUCGUUUACCGGGACCUGAAGCCCGAGAACAUCCUGCUGGACGGCGAAGGGCACAUCCGCCUCACCGACUUCGGCUUCGCCAAGAAGCUCUCCGACAGGACCUGGACCCUGUGUGGGACUCCGGAGUAUCUGGCUCCUGAAGUCAUCCAGAGCAAAGGCCACGGCCGGGCCGUGGACUGGUGGGCGCUGGGAAUCCUCAUCUUCGAAAUGCUGGCUGGCUAUCCUCCGUUCUUCGACGACAAUCCUUUUGGAAUCUAUCAGAAGAUCCUGGCCGGGAAACUGGAAUUCCCUCGUCACCUGGACUUCUACGUCAAAGAUCUCAUCAAGAAGUUCCUGGUCACUGAUCGAGCUCGGAGACUCGGCAACAUGAAGAACGGAGCGGACGACGUGAAGAAGCAUCGCUGGUUCAAGACGGUGGACUGGGAGGCCGUCCCCCUCAGGAAGAUGAAGCCUCCCAUCGUCCCCAAAGUCUCCCACGAAGGCGACACGUCCAACUUCGACGUUUACCCAGAGGACGACUGGAAGAAAGACCCCGUCGUGCCGCAGAAGGACCUGGAGAUCUUCAAGAACUUCUGAGGCGCAGAAAACACACUGUUUACCGCAGUGGGGGGGGGGGGCGUCCAGCGUCCGGCGUCUGGGACCAGCUGGACCAGCGACCUCCUCACCGGACAGCUCCACUGACAUGAUUCACUUUUAUAGUUUAUUUAUGGGACUCCAGUCCAAAACUUUGAUCUUCUCGGUUUUUAUCACUGUUUUGUUUACUGAGCCUGCUCAUAUGCAAAAACACCAAAAGACUGUUACUUCCUGUGUCUCGAAAGAAAAGACUCAGGUCUUUUUAUAUUGUUUUAUACGUUCUCUCUUUUUACUCUGUUCAUAUUUAAAGCGAGUCCACGAUGGUGCUGUCGACCAACCAGACGUCUGCCGCCUCUCUCGUACGGAACUAACUUUUUUUUAUUUGUCUAACGCGUCAAACUGAACAUACUGCAAACAAGGAACACUAUAUUGAAAGAUAAAACGGCUGAAUACAGCCGACACACUAAAUGAACUGCAGCAGCUGAAAUAUCCAAAACAGAUUUAAAAUAAGUUAAAGCCAAAAGAACUAAAAUAGCUAAAAAGGAUUGAUUUGAGAGAAGUUAAGCAGCCUAUGCUUGUUUUUGAAAGUUCAGAUCGUCUGUUUUCUUCAGUUUGUAUUUUACAUGUUUGGUGCCUCUAUGUGAAUUUCAGUUAAAGAUGUCAAACACUUCUUUUUGUUGCGUUUUGCCAGUGAAGGUUGCAGACGUGUGGUUGAACCUCUGACUCCAGAUCAUUCACGCGUUGUCUUUAAGCCGCGCGUCUUCGGCUGAACGGCGGCGUUCAGCGCGACCCGCUCCGCCCUCCUUCUCUCCCCCGACUCUUCCUGGUGCCUUCUGGCAAAACUCCCUCUCUGUUCCCUGUGAUGAACUUGACCGUGUGGCGGACGCCGAGUCUGAACCGUCCGCCGGCGAUAACCCCUGGAUGCGGUGCAGCCGGUGGAAACUCCCGCUGGAAAUACCUUGACACUUUCUCCUCUGCUGGUUUUAAUUUCUCUGUGAGAAUCCCGACACAGUUUAUUGGAUUUUGAGUUGAAGGACUUUGUUUGUUGAAAUGCUACCAAAAUCCAAACGACGACUCCCGUUUCUUCCCAGUAGAAAAAGAGGAAAGCAUGAGUGUGCGGUCCCUUUAAAGUCCGGCCAGACUGUUUGUAGCGGACACUUGUUUAAAGGUGCCUUCGUGACAGUUUGAUGUCCUGCACACUCUGCCACUGUUCCUCCGUCCCUCUGUACUCACAUGGAUUCAUGGAUAUACUGGCCUUGAUAAUAAACUUCAUGAAUGUGUCCUUCAUUGUGGUGCAGACGACUCGCACUCGUUUCCAUCUUAUUCACCUCUUUCUUUCCUCCCUUUUUGUAAAAUCUCUGUCCUGCAGCUGCCUUCAAUUCAGCUGGGAAAGUCAAAACCUGCUGCUUGAUAAGUCCAGAGAAAGAGUGUAGAUCAAAAAAAUGAAACCGUGAGAUUGGUGAAAACAAUUUCAAUUGCUUUAAAACAUCUCGAAAUGUAUAAAAAUGUUUAACCCUUACCUGGAUGUUUGUGCUGCUUUCUUUGAAGAUGCACUGCUGCCUUGCAGAUGUGUAUUUUUGGGGUUUGUACUGUUCUUUGU